CGGAAGCGGAGAGCCGGAAGUGGGGUGGACGGUUAUCCCCAGGGGUAGAGAAGCGGAGGCCCAGGAGGAGGGGGAGAAAAGAAGGUGGAGGAUCCUGGCAUCUACUCUGAAUCUGAUACCGCUUCUCUUAGACCCCAGAGACACAGACCAAGGGAAGGGUGCCUCAUCCCUUCCUCCCCUCCUCCCUUUCCCCAGCCUUAGCCAUGGCCGAGGCAGGGGCCGGGCUGAGUGAGACCGUCACUGAGACAACAGUUACCGUGACAACCGAGCCCGAGAACCGGAGCCUGACCAUCAAACUUCGGAAACGGAAGCCAGAGAAAAAGGUGGAAUGGACAAGUGACACUGUGGACAAUGAACAUAUGGGGCGUCGCUCAUCAAAAUGCUGCUGUAUUUAUGAGAAACCUCGGGCCUUUGGCGAGAGCUCCACGGAGAGUGAUGAGGAGGAAGAGGAGGGCUGUGGUCAUACACACUGUGUACGGGGCCACCGCAAAGGACGGAACCGUGCAACCCCCGGACCCAGCCCCACCACGCCUCCCCAGCCUCCUGACCCUUCCCAGCCUCCUCCAGGGCCAAUGCAGCACUAAAUUCCUCUCUCCCCCAACAUUCCUGUGUCUGUCUGGCCCUGAAUGUUUUCAUGUGGCUACUUGGGGACUCAACCCAUUGUUUGAUCCCUUCUCCAGCCCCCCUCCUCCCCGCUCCUCUGCCUGAUAGAGGGAAGAAGAAGAGGAGGGUGGACAGAGAUCCUAGGAUUCUGACUUGCUGCUAUUCUAGAACCCACGCUCCUGGGUUCCCCCAGCCCUCAUUUUCCUUUCCAGUGCCCAUCCUCCUCUCUCCAGUGAUCCAGGCAUCUUGCUACCAGUCUCUUCCCUUUGUUCUCACUGCCAAACUGCCUGUCCUGGGAUCCAAUUAUCUUGGCCCCCUGCACUCUUUACUUGAGUCCCAAACAUUUAAAUUGGGUUUCCAACAGUCCCAGCCUUCACUGCCAGGGUCCCAGUCAGAUUCCAGGCAGUGUUGCCCCAGCUCUGCUUGUUAAUCCUGGCUUAGAGCUCAUCCACUUAUGUAUUUAUAUAGUACUAACUUUUAGUCCUUGCCUGUGAUACGUGAGGUAUUACGGGAAGCCUCCCAACCCAUCUCCUCCCCUCCUGCCCACUCCCCUCAUGCCCUCAAGAGGAGUUAGGAGAGAGAGAAGUCUUUGUCAUUCUCACCUUCAACGGAAAAUGCAAAAAGAAAUAGUCGUGUCCUCUCUCUUCACCCCCUUCUCAUGCUAUCUAGGAUUUCUGACAAAGCUGGCUUCAAGAGUAGUCUUCCAGCUUUGGAGACAGCCCCAACCUAGUCCCAGGGGCCUGGGUUCCUGAGAGAGGCAGGAAAAGGGAGCAAAGAGAUGGGGCUACCUUCCCAUCUUUUACCCCUUUCUUCUUAGGAUUUGAUGUCUUGGCCAGUUCAAAUGUCCAACUCUCUUGGCCCUCCCCGCCCCUUACUGGGAUCUGAAUAUCACUUCCCAGGUCUCUUGCCAUGCACAGUUGCAGAGAUUGGUCAAAUCCAUACCACCAUGGAGAUCUCAUUUAUUGCCACAGAUGCACAAAAUAAAUAACCCAACAUCACAAAA